UCCGUACGACCACGUGACCACGUGAGAGUGCGAUAAGUGUUUCGGUUAAUUCAAAAAGUUUUUAGUUAAAAAAGAGUCAAAAAUGGUGAAGGAACAGUAUAGGGAGACAGAUGUCACAAAGAAAAUAUCGCAGGUGACGUUUGGCGUGGAUAGCAGGCAACAGAUGAAACAGCAGGCUCACCUACAGGUGAUAAACAGAGCGUUGUACGACCAAAACAAUGGACACGCGCCUCUCGCCUAUGGCCUGCUGGAUCCACGUCUCGGAAUCUGUAAUAAGGUCGCUAACUGCGGCACUUGCAAUAAAACUCUCCAGGAAUGCGUCGGACACUUUGGCUACGUUGACCUGGAGCUACCUGUGUAUCAUGUGGGUUACUUUAGAAGCGUGCUCACCAUCUUGCAGACCGUUUGCAAAAAGUGCUCUCAAGUAAUGCUCGGUCCACUGGACAAGAGAAAUUUCCUAAACAAAGCUUUGAGGCCGAAUCUCAGUUAUCUUGCCAAAAAGGCGCUAAAAAAGCAAAUACACGAAAAGGCCAAGAAGAAUUCCAUCUGCCCUUACUGUGGCGAACAAAAUGGGAUUGUCAAAAAGAUUGGGCUUUUGAAAAUAAUUCAUAUCAAAUAUAAGUCAAAGAAGCUUUCGGAUCCUGUAAUUCAAGCCAAAAUAGCUGAAUACGAUGAAAUUCUGAAAGACAAGGAACUGGAAACUAUUUUGCAAGGGCAGAUAUUUCAUAUUUUAACCCCGCUGGAGGUCUUGGGUAUCUUGGAGCGUAUACCAGAAAAGGAUGUCCCACUUUUACUGAUGAAUCCUGAGCAUAGUUUACCCAAGGAUUUAAUAUUAACCAGAUUACCCGUUCCACCAAUGUGCAUUCGUCCAAGUGUUCAAUCAGAUUUGAAAGCAGGUACAAAUGAAGAUACUUUGACAACAAAACUGGCAGAGAUUUUAUUGAUCAACUUUCAAAUUGAAAAAAAUCGUGGAAGUGGCAUGAAAAUUCAAAUGUAUAAUGAGUAUUGGGAAUUUUUGCAGUUGCAUUGUGCCCUAUACAUUAACAGCGAAAUGUCUAUGUCUGGAGUACCUUUGAACUUACAUCCAAAAAAAUCUUCUAAGGGUAUUGUACAGAGACUCAAGGGUAAGCAGGGUAGAUUCAGGGGUAACUUGUCGGGAAAGAGAGUGGACUUUUCAAGCAGAACUGUCAUUUCACCAGAUCCAAAUCUUCGUAUUGAUCAAGUAGGUGUACCCGUGCAUGUGGCUAAGAUUUUGACUUACCCAGAAAAAGUAAACAAACAUAAUAUAGAAAGAUUGCGCCGUCUUGUGCAAAAUGGCCCUGACGUUCAUCCUGGAGCCAAUUUUGUGGAAUGUCACAAAACGAAAUUCAAAAAGUUUCUCAGGUAUGGCAACAGGCAAAAAGUUGCCCAAGACUUGCAAUAUGGUGAUACAGUUGAGAGACACUUGUGUGACGACGAUGUGGUAUUGUUCAACAGACAGCCGUCCCUUCACAAGUUAAGCAUCAUGUGUCACAAAGCCAAGGUCUUGGAAAAUCGUACAUUCAGGUUCAACGAAUGUGUCUGUACACCCUACAAUGCUGACUUUGACGGAGACGAGAUGAAUCUGCACUUGCCACAAACUGAAGAAGCUAGGGCUGAAGCUUUGAUACUCAUGGGAAAUAAAUCUAAUUUGGUAACUCCAAGAAACGGCGAACUGUUGAUUGCUGCGACUCAAGAUUUCAUCACUGGAGGCUACCUGUUAACUCACAAGGAUACCUUUCUCAACAAAGCCCAGGCAUGUCAAUUAAUCAGCUGCUUACUGGCGGAUAAUGACGCAUCGAUGAAUAUAACAAUGCCUAAGCCUGCCAUAAUCAAACCAGCCGUCUUGUGGACAGGAAAGCAAAUUUUCAGUUUAAUCAUGAAACCGAAUGACAAAUGCCCCAUAAAGGCUAAUUUGAAAACAAAAGGAAAAUCUUAUACCAGUAACGAAGAGUUUUGCGUCAACGACUCAUAUGUAUACAUAAGAAAUUCCGAACUGCUGGCAGGUUCAAUGGACAAAUCGACUCUAGGCUCGGGAGCAAAAGCCAACAUAUUUUACAUACUUCUCCGCGACUGGGGUGAAGAUAUCGCUGCCCUGGUCAUGUGGCGAUUGGCAAGAAUUACUAGCUAUUACCUCAUGAACCGCGGCUUUUCCAUCGGCAUUGGCGACGUGACUCCGGGACCCGGUUUGCUGAAAGCCAAACAGGAACUGCUUGACAACGGAUAUGGUAAGUGCAACGAAUACAUCAAAAUGAUGGAGAGCGGAAAAUUACAGUGUCAGCCGGGUUUUAACGAAGAAGACACGCUUGAGGCUGUUAUUCUGAAGGAGCUCUCGGUCAUUCGAGAUCACGUUGGUAAGGUGUGCCUCAAGGAACUUCAUCCAACCAACAGUCCACUGAUAAUGACUCUCUCCGGCUCCAAGGGAAGCUCCAUCAACAUAUCACAAAUGAUUGCGUGCGUGGGCCAACAGGCCAUCAGCGGUAAACGUGUGUCCGACGGCUUUGAAAGUCGGGCCCUGCCUCACUUUGAAAAAUCUUGCAAAAUCCCAGCAGCCAAAGGCUUUGUCGAAAAUUCGUUUUAUUCCGGCCUUACUCCAACGGAAUUUUUCUUCCAUACGAUGGGCGGACGAGAAGGUCUCGUCGACACUGCCGUCAAGACGGCCGAGACGGGAUACAUGCAAAGGAGGCUGAUGAAGAAUUUAGAAGAUCUCUGUCUACAAUACGAUAUGACAGUUAGAAACUCGAUGGGCGAUAUCAUUCAGAUUUUGUAUGGGGGAGAUGCCAUGGAUCCAGUCUACAUGGAGGGCAAAGAUUGUCCAGUUGACUACAAACGCGUGUUGGAUGACGUUAAGAGCAGGUUCCCCGAUUACGUAGAGGAUCCGCUGGAUGGUCCAAGUAUUAUCAAGGCAAGCUCGGAUUUACUGGCUACUGAGGAGUACUCGUGCCUGAGUGAAGAUUUUAAACAAGAGUUAAUGGUAUUCUUGAAGUCCGUCGCCAUCAGGAUAGCUAGAAUUAGAAAGAACUUGGAUGCGAGCAUCACAGUCAACAAAUACGUGGAGCGUUUGACUGUUAACCAGCUGGCAGCGUUUAUUCAUACUUGCAAAGAAAAGUACAUGAGAGCGAAAAUCGAGCCGGGAACCGCGGUUGGAGCUUUGGCUGGUCAGAGCAUUGGUGAGCCUGGUACUCAAAUGACGCUGAAGACUUUUCAUUUUGCUGGUGUCGCGUCCAUGAACAUUACCCAGGGUGUACCACGUGUCAAGGAAAUUAUCAACGCAAGUGCCAAGAUCUCGACUCCCAUCAUGAAAGUUCAUUUGGACAAUGAUGCUGAUCUGGAAUUUGCGAGGAGAGUCAAGGUGCGCAUUGAAAAAACUACCUUGGGAGAAAUAACUUCGUAUAUUGAAGAGGUUUAUUUCUGGGACGAUUGCUUUUUAAAGCUAGAAAUCGACGUAAACAGAAUCAAGCUGUUAAAGUUAGAAGUGGACAUACAUUCCAUCAUGUAUUCACUUUGUACGGCAUCGAAAUUAAAGUUACAGCCUAAAAACGUUAGUGCUCAUGGAAAUUCUGUUAUUAUUAUUCAUCCCAGUAAAUUGAAGAUAAACAUCAGUCAAACUUUAUCCAACCUCAAGGAGCUGAUCCCUAACGUCAUCAUCAAAGGAAUAUCUUCGGUUUCCAAAGCUGUUAUAAACGUUGAAGAGAACACUGGGAAGUACAUGUUAUUUGUUGAGGGUGACAACCUACGAGAUGUGAUGGCAACUUACGGAGUCACGUGGAAGAAAACCACUUCCAACAACAUAAUCGAAGUAUUCAAGACUCUAGGUAUAGAGGCCGCUCGAACUACCAUUAUCAAGGAAAUCAAGGAAGUUAUGGAAGGUCACGGCAUGAGCAUCGAUCGAAGGCAUUCGAUGUUGGUAGCCGAUUUGAUGACGAGUAAGGGUGAAGUUUUGGGAAUAACUAGGCAAGGCCUGGCAAAGAUGAAGGAGUCAGUUUUGAACCUGGCUUCUUUCGAAAAAACGGCAGAUCACUUGUUUGAUGCUGCCUAUCACGGUCAGACUGAUGUCAUCUGCGGUGUGUCAGAGUCGAUUAUCAUGGGCUUGCAAGCUCAUGUCGGAACUGGAAGUUUUAAGCUCUUGCACAAAGCAGAAAAAGAGCCUAUUAAAGUCAAGCCCCUGCUGUUUGAUUGUCCAGAGUAUCAUACCUAGAUGAACACUUUUAAUAAUAAGUAGAUCAAUUGACCGUGAAAAUUUUUUAUUGGUCUUGGUUCACCUUCUAGUAAACUCAUGAAAGAAUGAAACUUUUUGCCAUGGUUUUACAAAUCUAUAUUGAGAUGAUCUUGAGGAGUAAAUUUAAAAUGUGUAAUUACAGAUGAUUAUUAGUAAGUUAGCAAGAUAUUCACGUUGUAUAUUUGUACAUGUAUAUAAAUAUUUUGUUACUAAUUGU